AUGACGUCGUUCACGAAAAAGUGUCCGAUGUCGGCAUCGCGCUUCGAACGGCGCACCGGACGCGUACGACGACCGAACAGAGGAGUGCGCGUGAGAGGCCGGGCGAAACGUCCCUUCGACAAGGACGCCAAGGCAAGUGAAAGCUAUCGAUACGCCGAAGAUGCACUCGGUCUCGAUCUGAAUAAUUUGAGCCUUGAACCCAGUUUACGUCACAUAGUUUCGCAUGGACGGAUUGAGGGCGACGCUGAGCAAAUUGACGAGGCUUUAGAGGAGCUCGCGAGCGCUCUUUGCUCAAACGUUGAGUUUGGCGUCGCGGGCGAAGAAAUCAUCGAGAAUAAUCGAAAACGUUACGGGGCAAACGCGGUGGAACCUGCAAAAGUGAGUUCUUUCGUUGACUUCGCGCGCGAGGCGCUCAAGGACGUCACUCUUCGGGUGCUCAUUGCGUCCGGAUUUGUGAGUCUCGCGUUGGAAUCGGUCGUCGCGGACGAACCGUAUGCAUGGCUCAACGGAGCCGCGAUUUUACUCGCCGUGAGCAUCAUCGUCGUCGUCGAGUGCGUGAAUAAUAGCGAAAAACAGCGGUCGUUCUUAAGCCUGAACGCGCUCAUGCAGGAGACUACGUUGGCGAGCGUCACUCGCGCUGGCGUUCGAUCGCUUGUGCCGAAGGGUGAAAUCGUGUGUGGCGACAUCGUCGAGUUGCAGUCGGGCGACGUAUUGCCAUGCGACGGUGUCGUCGUCGAGGCCGCGGCUCCGUUUCUCUGCGAUCAGAGUCACCUCACGGGCGAAAGCGACGAGGUGGAGAAGCGACGCGGCGAUGUCCUAUUCGGCGGUUCCAAAGUCACAUCAGGACGCGCUUCAACGAUGAUUAUUGCCGUGGGAACGCAAUCUUCUAGUGGAAAAAUCGCUGCGAUGAUCAGCGACGUUGAUUCGCAGGAGUUCACGCCGUUACAGCUCCAACUUCAGGCGCUCGCGAUCACGAUAGGACGAUAUGGGAUUGCCGCCGCGACGUUCGUUAGCGUAAUCUUGGCUUCAUCGCUCAUCGCGCCGCUCAUCGCGAGCGGGAUGUCGGACGGGAUUCCACCCGAGAUCGAAUUGGAGUUACUGCACAUCGUCAUCAUCGCGAUCACCAUCGUGGUGGUCUCUGUGCCAGAGGGUCUUCCGCUCGCGGUGACGCUCGCUUUGGCUUACUCUGUGUCUCGCAUGAUGAAAGUCGAGAUGCUCGUCAGGGUGCUCGGCUCGGCGGAGACCUCUGGCGAGAUUACGACGCUUCUUCUCGAUAAAACGGGGACGCUGACGCGAAACGAACAGACGGUCGCCAGGGCGUGGAUCGCGGGCGUUGACAUUGGACCGCUCACGAAGACUGGCUCAUCGUGGAACUCGGAGAUCGGCAAGGUGACUCAAGACACGCCGAGGCUCGAUCCGCGCGUCGUUAAACUCUUAUCGAUCUUGCUCGCGAUGAAUUCCACGCUGAUUUACGAUUCUGAGGGUAAAGUUCUUCGAGGGCCAAAGUCUGAAAUCGCUCUGCUCGAUUUCGUCAACUUGAUGAACGGCGACAAAACGUUCGUGGCGACGAUUCGCGAGUAUUUCCCGCUCGUCAAGAUUUUUCCUUUCAGCGCGGAGCGGAAACGAAUGUGCUCACUCUUUACGCUUAGAGACGCCGUGGACGACGAGAUGGGCGACGUCAUCGUCCGUGCCGUUACAAAGGGUGCGGCGCAGGACGUUCUAAAUCUGUGUGCCACCAUCAUGAUUGAGGAUGGCACAUCAAGACCGCUCGAUCUCGUGACGAGGGAGUAUCUGUCAAGGAAAUUUCUUGAAUGGCAAGAGCACGCCGAGCGCGUCCUGCUCGUGGCGUAUCGCGAUAUUGAGCGAGACCUCAUCACGAUCGAGGACGCGACGGAAAUAGCUCGUUGCAUGUCAGCCACGGAUGCCGAGUCGGAUCUCACCCUCGUCGCUGCCGUCGGGCUGAGCGAUCCUCUGAGAGAAGAGUCGGCGGAGAGCGUUCGGCUGUGUAAAAAAGCGGGUGUGAGUGUUACGAUGGUCACCGGGGACUCGCUCUCCACCGCGACUGCCCUUGCGAAGCUAUGUGGGAUAUUGGACGACGCUGGGGACGAGUCCGGCUCGGCGUUGACAAUGACAGGUGAGGAGUUUCGAGAGAGAAUUCGUACGAGCGACGGCAAAGUCGAUCAACGAAAGAUCGAUGAGAUCUGGCCUCGUUUGCGUGUUCUUGCACGCGCAUCGCCGAACGAUAAGUUUGUGCUCACUGCUGGCAUUCAACAGUCGAGGCUAUCGCGUCAAAUAUGCGGGGUGUGCGGCGACGGCGAAAAUGAUGCUCCGGCGCUCCGUCGGAGCUCGGUGGGUUUUGCGCUCGGCUCUGGAACAGAGAUGGCGCGGUCCGCGGCGGACAUUGUGUUGCUUCAAGAUUCCAUCGCAAGUGUCGUUGAUGCCAUUCGCUACGGUCGAAACGUGUUUGAAUCGAUAGAAAAGUUCAUCACGUUCCAACUGACGGCUAAUGUUACGACCAUCCUGCUCAGUACCGGCGGCGCUUUGGUGUAUGCACAGGCUCCACUCAGUGCAAUCGAGCUCUUGUUCGUGAAUUUGGUCAUAGACUCUCUGGCCAGUCUCGCUCUCGCUACCGAAGAGCCGAGUAACGAAGUGAUGCGGCAACCACCCGCGAACGCAGGCGAGUUGAUAACCUCCACCAUGCGCGUGGCGAUCUUUACGCAAGUGAUCUAUCAACUCACAGUGAUGACCUAUCUUCUGGAUGAAUUCGGUCCGGACGACACGCAAAUUUACGGUUGUUUUGUCCUCAUGCAGCUCGCAAAUCAGUUCAACUGCCGGAAGGUGACUACGGAGCUGAACGUGUUCGAAGGAAUUCUGAAGAACAAGCUCUUUCUCUUUCUCGUCGCUAGCGAAUUACUCAUGCACGUACUCAUCGUACAGCGUGGUGGCGCGGUGUUUCACACUACGCCGAUGGAUCUCGGGGAGUGGGCACGGUGCGGCGCUUUUGCGCUCUGUGCGCUUCCUCUGCGCGCGCUUGUCGUUGCCCCCUUUUCCAAGGCGCGAAGCGGUUCGACUACCGGUACCGGAAGCUAG